AUGGACCGCAUACAUAGCAACAAAAAACAGCACGGACUAUUUGACACUCUCAGAGAGCUAGACCCCAACCUGGAAGAGCACCUCAGAGACGGCGAGCAUACUUCUGACAUAGCAGCCUUAAUUGAUGCAGGCAGGGAUGGUGCCUGCUCAACGGAUGCACAGUCUCUGAAAAAAGCCAUUCUUGAUUGGGUCCACCCUGACGGUGGGGCCUUGAUACCACCGCUCCCUCGAGAUUCCAGAGUCGGGCACAGAUUUGCCCAUGUUGAUACAGGUAGGCUUCUCUGCCCCACACAUCUGGAUUGGGAUGACGCCAAGAUACACAAGAAACUUCAGAACAGGACUGCAGUCGUUACGGCGGACCAAUGCCCCACAUUCCUAUACGGAGAUCUCACAUAUGAUGAUGAUGAUCCCUGGGAAGGCUUAUUCCGAGGCCAAAUCCUAGUCCAGACAUUCAAAUACAUUUUCACUUCACCAAGCUCUGCGUCAAAAGAGGGGGCUCAGCCAACAAAGCCAGCAAAUGCUCUUCUGCACAACAUGCAGUCUGUCACCCUAGCCUCUCUGGUGUAUGUUGCAACACAGGUGCGGGUUGCGUUGAGCUCAGCUGCUUUCUUCUCAAAAUCACAUGCCGAAAUAAAGCACUUCUAUGACACCAUGUUGAAUCAGCCGUGUGAUCCAGCUGAAGAGGAUGAAAUCAACGAACUUCUUACUUGGUGA